UGCCUACAGGUAGUGAAAGCGGGGCCCAAGCUCCGCCCGCUCGUCACUGCUAGGCUGCCCAGUCCGCCGCGGCCGUCACGCGGAACUUGGACUCAUCAUUUGACGGUUCUCUUGCUGUUCUCUCCGUCUCAUACGCCCUCCAUCCUGUCUUUGACCUUCUGUUCUGCGUACGACUUGCCAACUUACGGAUCCUGCCGACCUCGCACAUACAUAGGCGCUGCGAUCGAUCCUGCGCGCGCGUUCACGCAAUACAGCUCACCCCACACUUGCCCCGCGCUCUUUGCAGCACCCGCCAUGAACAUCCUCUACUCCACGGUAAAUAGCCUGCGCGACAGGUACACGCCUGCAAACCACACCUCGACAUUUCGCAGCACAGGCGAGAUCACGCCAGAGGAGUUCCUCGCCGCGGGCGACUACCUGGUCUUCAAGUUCCCGUCCUGGUCGUGGGCCGACGCCGAGACGCCGAGCAAACGCAUCAGCCACCUGCCGCCGGGGAAGCAGUACUUGGUCACCCGGCACGUCCCGUGCCAUCGCCGUCUGAACGACGACUUUGCGGGCGAUGCGGGCCAUGAGGAGUCCGUGGUGGAGGGAGGCAAGAACAGCGACGAUGACGGGUGGCUGCGGACCGGCGGCCUGACGAGCUCCCAGCCGCUCAAGGUCCGAGAAGUGCGAACCGUGGACGAUGCUGGGAACGUUGGCGACAGGGAGGUGAUCGAGGAUGACGACAUCCCGGACAUGGAGGACGAGGAGGACGACGAGGCCAUCAUCCGGGAUGCGGAGGGCGAUGGCAAGAACAGCGGACGACGGACGUACUCUCUCUACAUCAUGUACUCGCCGUGGUACAGAACUCCCCGGAUGUACAUGUCGGGCUAUCAGCCGAACGGCGAGCCGCUGCCCCCCCACCUGAUGAUGGAGGAUAUCGUUGGCGACUACAAGGACAAGACGGUGACGUUGGAAGACUUCCCAUUCUUCGCAAACCCCGUCAAGAUGGCCAGCAUACACCCGUGCAAGCACGCCUCCGUUAUGAAGACCCUGCUCGACCGCGCUGACGCGGCGCUCAAAUUGCGGAGCGAGAAGCGGAAGGCCGGCCUUGCAGAAGGCAGUGGCCAGGGCCUCGAGGGUCUGGAGGCCGAGAUUGGCCACCUCAGCGUUAGCGGCACAGGCUCAUCCGGCGAUAACAACGACGAGUGGGAGGAUGUGCAGCACGACGUUGCAGACCAGGAGCCGGCAAUCCGGGUGGACCAGUAUCUCGUCGUGUUCUUGAAGUUUAUCGCCAGCGUGACGCCUGGCAUCGAGCAUGAUUUUACGAUGGGUGUCUGAGUCGUGGAUGUUGGUUUCUGCUCGUUCUCUCCGGUGUACUGUAGUUGGUCCGGGUGCACUUUUGCACCUUUCUCAGAUGGAUAGAUUGGGACGCGACGGGUGCUU